GCACGCGGCGCCGCGGGAGAACCCUGGGGGCGCUGUGCUGCAGCCUCUUGGUUCCCGUUACCUGUUCGAGCCCUGCAUUCAGGGGUCCGUCCCUUGCCGCCCCCGUACCCUUACGUCUCUCAGCCCCCGACUUUUGCUCUGAGAGGCCCUGACAGGGCGCCGAGAGGCGGGUAGUGUCGUGUGCUACCCCCCCUCGCCCCCGAAGGCAGCGUCCUGUGCUAAAGAAAGGGGAAAAUGGAACACUGGGGAGCUGGUGCCUCUUUUUGCCUCUUGUUUACACUGUUACAUGAGCUGUUAUAGAGGCGGUGCAAACCCUGAGCAUCAAGAGUGGCACCUCCAAGCUCCUUCCCUGGGAACUACACUCAGCAUCCCAGCAUUAAGCCGCCAUAGCUUUGAGCACCUGUGCUUUAUCUUGAUUUAUUUUGUGCAUCUAUUAACAAGAUAUGUCCUAAGGUACUGAUGAGGAUGAAUGUGAUUUGGAGAAAUUAUUUUUCUUGUCUAAGGAUAAGAAAGGUGCCUCACAGAUACCAAAGUAGUUAUCACCCAGUGGCCCCUCUGGGAUCAAGGAUUUUAACUGAUCCAGCCAAAGUUUUUGAACACAACAUGUGGGAUCACAUGCAGUGGUCAAAAGAAGAAGAAGAAGCAGCCAGAAAAAAAGUAGAGGAAAACUCAGCUGUGCGAGUCCUUCUGGAAGAGCAAGUGAAGUAUGAGAGUGAAGCUAGUAAAUAUUGGGACACAUUUUAUAAGAUUCAUAAGGAUAAGUUUUUCAAAGAUCGUAAUUGGCUGUUGAGGGAAUUUCCUGAAAUUCUUCCAGUUGGUCAAAAAACUGAAGAGAAGGUAAAAGAAUUAUCAUGGAAUCAUGUAAAAGUUCAUGCUGCAAAUUGUUUCUCAAGAAUGCACUGCCCUACUAUGCCUGAAGAAAAAAAUCAUUAUAGAGAAAGUUCUGGCUCAUCAGAUGGUCAAAACAAAGCAGGAUCUGAUUUUUCCAACCUAGACUCCAAAGAACACAGAAAAGGACCUCUGAAAACUGAAUUGUUUCCUGGUAGCAACGCCACUUUCAGAAUCCUAGAGGUUGGCUGUGGUGCUGGGAAUAGUGUUUUUCCAAUUCUGAACACUUUGCAGAAUGCUCCAGAGUUCUUUCUUUAUUGUUGUGAUUUUGCUUCUGGAGCUGUGGAGCUGGUAAAGUCGCACGCGUCAUACAGAGCAGCCCAGUGCUGUGCCUUUGUUCAUGACGUUUGUGACGAUGGCCUACCCUACCCUUUUCCAGAUGGGAUCCUGGAUGUCAUUCUCCUCGUCUUUGUGCUCUCUUCCAUUCAUCCUGACAGGAUGCAAGGUGUUGUAAACCGACUGUCCAAGUUACUGAAACCUGGGGGGAUGCUGUUAUUUCGGGACUAUGGAAGAUAUGAUAAGACUCAGCUUCGUUUUAAAAGGGGGCAUUGUUUAUCUGAAAACUUUUAUGUUCGAGGAGAUGGUACCAGAGCAUAUUUCUUUACAAAAGGGGAAGUCCACGAUAUGUUCUGCAAGGCUGGGUUAAAUGAGAAGCAAAAUCUGGUCGAUCGUCGCUUACAAGUUAAUAGGAAAAAAAAAGUGAAAAUGCACCGAGUGUGGGUUCAAGGAAAAUUCCAGAAACCAUUACCCUUCACUUAAAAAAGCUCCAAAUUGGUAUUUUCACUCUUUUCU